CGGCUGACAUCACUGCACACAUCAAAGCCGCCGGCACCUCAUAUAAGCAGGUCCCGCUCGCGCAGCCGGCGCAGGCGGGCGAGGAGCUCCGCGCCGGCCGCGCUGCCAAGGUUCUUGUGCCCCCAGAAAAGGAGCGCCGUCUAAAAAGGGAAGGAAACCCAUUUUGGGGAAAGAUUGGGAAGAUCUCUUUUUUUUGUUUGUUUUGUUUUUUAAGAGUUGAUUUCCUCCUGGAAGAGGUGACUCUGGAAAGAUGAAGCUGAGCCGACGUUUUUUGUUAGCAGUUUUUCUGUCUCUCAUUUUGCAGCCGGGGAUUUGCCAUGGAAUAAAAUGGCUAGCGUUAUCCAAGACUCCCCCGGUCCUUGCCCUGAAUCAGACCCAGCAUUGCAAACAGCUGGAAGGCCUGGUCAUGUCCCAAGUGCAGCUGUGCCGCAGCAACCUAGAGCUCAUGCAAACCAUCAUCCAGGCGGCGCGAGAAGUGAUAAAGACGUGCCGCAAAACAUUCUCUGACAUGCGCUGGAACUGCUCUUCCAUUGAGCUGGCCCCUAACUACCUGCUGGAUUUAGAGAGAGGCACAAGGGAGUCAGCAUUUGUAUAUGCCCUCUCCGCUGCUGCCAUCAGCCACACUAUUGCCAGGGCCUGCACCACGGGGGACCUCCCUGGCUGUUCCUGUGGUCCCAUCCCAGGUGAGACACCUGGACCUGGGUAUCGAUGGGGAGGAUGUGCUGACAACCUCAACUAUGGUCUUAUCAUGGGGUCCAAAUUUUCAGAUGCUCCCAUGAAGAUGAAAAAAUCAGGAUCACAAGCCAAUAAGCUGAUGCAUCUGCACAACAGUGAAGUAGGGAGACAGGUCCUCAAAGCCUCUCUGGAGAUGAAAUGUAAGUGCCAUGGAGUAUCUGGUUCCUGUUCUAUCAAGACCUGCUGGAAGGGUCUUCAAGAAUUGAGGGACAUUGCUCAGGAUCUCAAAAACAAGUACUUGUCGGCCACCAAGGUGGUGCACAGACCCAUGGGAACUCGCAAGUAUCUGGUGCCAAAGGAUAUCGACAUCAGGCCGGUUAAAGAGACAGAGCUGAUUUACCUGCAGAGCUCACCUGACUUCUGCAUGAAGAAUGAAAAAGUGGGAUCUCACGGGACACAAGACAGGCAAUGCAACAAGACCUCCAAUGGCAGCGACAGCUGUGACCUGAUGUGCUGCGGCAGAGGCUACAACCCGUACACGGACAAAGUGGUGGAGCGGUGCCACUGCAAGUACCACUGGUGCUGCUAUGUGACCUGUAAAAAAUGUGAGAGGACUGUCGAAAGAUACGUGUGCAAAUGAAACCUUCAAGGGAUGCGAUGCUAAAGGCACCAAAGCGCAGUUUACAGAAGAAGAAGCAUUUCCCCAACCAGAUAUCAUUAAAGACACAGAUCUGGAGAAAGACGACUUAAGAAAAAUGCAAUUUUGCCAGUAAAAAUAACCCUUUUUUUUCCCUUUUUUUACUUUUCAAUAGAAAACAUAGACGUUUUCCCCACCAAUAAAACUCUUCCUUUGAGAAGAUGGAGGCUUACACCAAAACACAUUCUGGAUGGCACCUUCUUACAAAAAUACCAUUUCUGACAUUUGCCAAUGACAUCCGGCUAUCAAGUGCCUUUAGUACCAAGAGAAACAGGAAAAGACACUUCCCCGGGGGAAGAAAAGCAACUCUGACUGAGAAUGAUAGAGGCUAGGAUCCCUUUAUGCAUUCUAACCCAUAGGGCACAGAUUCUCCAAUGGGCUACAGCAAAAUCCCUGCUGAAGGGAUGUACUACAAACUUGUAAGGAAUAUUUGUGCUUUUCUUUCAUUUUUUUCCCCCAAAGACUUCAUUUGUAGACCCGAAGAUCCACUCAGGAUGAUGAUGAAGUUAGAAGGGUUUGUGGCAGUACCCCAGAAACAAAGCACAAACCAGUCCAUGCAACCCUUGCUUUUGCCCACAGCUGAGACUCUUACUGCUCCACUGUUUUAGGGUAGGUUGCCAGGGUUUGAAAUUCAACCAUUGGCAGAAAUCUGUUGACUAUGUUAUGAUCAGGGCACAAUGCCAAGGGCCUGUUGGACACAGUGACCAGUAAGAUACAAUGACCUACAUAGUGGAAUUAAGGUAAAAUGGCAAAGGAAAAGGCAACUCGUGUAUCUCUUUUCACCCGCUCUGACCUUUGGAUGUUAAUGUCUAAAUUCAGCGUCUCUCUUGCUGCCUUGUCCUCUUUAGCCCCUUAGGUGAAUAUGGCACCAUCUCCCCUCUUCAACAGAGCUAUAAAGUCUUGACCCCAGAAACUGCAGAGACAUCAGCAGUGCAGGAAGUGUGUGUACGUCAUCAGAAAUUCCAGAUGAGGGAAGCCAGCUAUAAGCAGAGCCAGCCGCAGUGUGAAUAAUAUGUAGGGUCUUGCCAUGCCAACAGCCUAGAACCACUAUCUGUGGAUGUACAUAUUUUAUUUUGUAUGCAAACAUACAGAAAUAUUUAUAAAAUAUAUCUCAUGCUUUUCUCUAUUCUACUUUAUAUAUAAAUAUCUAUUAUAAACGAGCUUAACAAUAGUAUGAAAUAAAUGCAGAAAUUACUCACCGGUUGAAAGAAAACAUCGUAGAAUUAUUGCUAUAUUUAAAUUGAUAACAUUGGCUUUUGCUUGGAAAGAUAUCCCAUUUCUCUCCUAGAGAAUUGGGUGGGGCCGGUGAGACUUAGACGUAGUGCAGAGGCGGGCAAGUAUUUCAGGUGGAGGGCUGCUUAACGAGUUUUGGUGAACUGUCGAGGGCCGCAUGGGUAGCCCCGCCCCUUGGUAUUUGUCCCGCCAUCUUGGGCCCGGAAGUCCCACCCCUAACCCCUGACCGUUACUCCCUCCCCUUGCUCCCCGAAAAUACUCCUCUUGGGCAGGGGGUUGCCAUCUUAGAACCAGAAAAGAAACCAAAUCAUACAGUAACAGUCAAACACCUACUGUAACAUAUUUUAAUUUUAUUACAAAAAAUAUUUUGUCA